GGGCCGGCCUGGUAGAGCGAACGCUUCAGGCGGCGAUUCCAUCUCGCUCCGCUUAAGGCGAGCGAUAGGAGCUCCCGAGCGCGCCGCCACGCGCCCUUGCCGGCAGGCGGUCCCCCGCCCCUACCUGCCUGGGCGCCUCCUCCUGCCCUCCUCGGCUCCUUCGCCACGCGCCGCCGCCAGCUUGUGUAAUGACAUUUGGUGUCUACAGCUGAACUGUACAGGAAGCAAUCCAAGCUUGCGAGUUGCAAAGUGCAUACUUAACGAUGGCAACACCAUCAUCGUCCUUGGAGGGGCUGCCUGAGCAGGGCGGCGCCGAUGAUAAGCUAUCGACGCUAUUCACCGGGGCCACGGGCUUUGCUGUGGACAACUACACCUGGUUCGCGGAGGCGCGGAUCAAGGCCGCCUUCUACCCCAAAUUCGACAACGAAAAUUCCGACCAAGAGACAAGAAAUCGGAUGAUUGGCAUGGUGUCACGUGGCUUAGCUACCAUGGAGGUUACGCUUAAGCAUUCAGGAUCUCUAUUCAUGUAUGCUGGUCAGCAUGGUGGAGCAUUUUCCAAGAACAGCUUUGGAAAUAUCUACACUGCUGCGGGCGUUUUUAUCCUGGGCCGUAUUUUUCGUGAAGCUUGGGGGGAGGAAGCUCCUAAAAUGCAAGACAAAUUUAAUCAUUAUCUCACGAAAAACCGGGUAAACAUUUCAAUGGAACUUGUGACAGCUGUAUUAGGAGACCACGGACAAAGGCCAAAGGAUGAUUAUGCCGUGGUUACAGCUGUAACAGAGUUGGGUCAUGGCAAACCAAAGUUCUAUUCUACUCCGGAGGUGAUUGCCUUUUGUCGAAAAUGGCGCCUCCCAACAAAUCAUGUCUGGCUAUUUUCCACAAGGGAAUCUGCCUUUUCUUUUUUCGCUGCCUAUGAUGCAUUGUGUGAAGAGGGGACUGCCACACCGGUUUGCAAAGCCCUUGACGAAGUAGCUGAUAUAUCUGUACCAGGGUCAAAGGAUCAUGCAAUUGUACAGGGUGAGAUACUUGAAGGUUUGGUUACCCGAAUGGUUAGUCGUGAAAGUUCAGUUCAAAUGGAAGAAGUCCUGAGAAACUUCUCACAGACUCCAUUAGAUGGUGUUGACUGUGAUUUAGGACCAACUUUACGUGAAAUAUGUGCCCCUGAUAGGUUAGACGAAAUGCAGCAAAUUAAAGCAAUUCUUGAAAAUUUUGGAUCUUCAAUGUAUCCAGACCAUUUUGAUUGGUCUGGAAAUGGUGGUCUUGAUGCUCAGUCUCGAAAAGCUGGUGAAUCUGUUGUUGCUGAGUUUUUGCAAGCACAUCCUACAGACUAUGCAACUAAGAAAUUACAGGAGACGAUUCGUUUGAUGAAGCAGAUGAAGCCGAGUUGUUUUCCUGCAGCUUUUAAAUGUUAUGGGAAUUACCAAAAAUUUGAUUCUCUUUCAAAUGAUAAGUAUUACAAGAUGGUUAUCCAUGUGCUUGAUGAUUCUGUUUUUAAACGUUAUCGGCAAGAGAUGAAGAAAAAUCAAGGGUUAUGGCCAUUGUAUAGGGGUUUCUUCAUUGAUGUCAACCUGUUCAAGGCGAACAAUAAGAAGGCCGCUGAACUUCCCAAAGAAAGUAACAUUUUAUUGAACAGCAUCGAAGGUUCCUUGGAUUCAAGUUCGUCAGUUAAGGAUGGUCUGGCUGACGAGGAUUCAAAUUUAAUGAUCAAACUAAAAUUCCUGCCUUAUAAGAUAAGGACAUUCUUAAUUCGGAAUGGCCUCUCCACCAUUUUCAAAGAUAACCAAUCUGAUUAUAGUAAUAAUUACGUAAGGCAAAUGGAGAGUUGGGGAACAUCAGAAAGUAAACUGAAAGAGCUUUGCAUACUGUUGAAUAAAUGGGCUACCUACAUUAGAGGGAAGUAUGACAAUGAGUCACUCUCGUCCUCAAUUUAUCGUACUGUGGAAAAUUUAGAAAGAAAAUAUCUUAGUGAGGCAGAGCCUUUCCUUGAACAAUAUGCUAAGAGCAGCCCUGCAAACCUGGCUUUGAUAAGGGCUGCUGGCGACAUGGUUCAAACAGAAAAAUUCUUGGCCAUAGUUGAUGCACAGAGAGAUGAAGAGGAUGAUUUUCAGCCAGAAUGUGGGGCAGCGCCUUCUUGUCGUACAGCUUCCCUCGAUGUUGUUUCAAAAACUGAGGGCCUUAUCGUCUUCUUUCCUGGUAUACCUGGUUGUGCAAAGUCUGCUCUAUGUAAUGAAAUAUUGAAAAUGCCUGGUGGCCUUGGUGAUAACCGGCCUCUUCAUAGUUUGGAAGGAGAUCGUACUAAAGGAAAAUACUGGCAAAAGGUUGCUGCUGAGCAAAAAAACAAAUCAUUUAGAAUAAUCCUCGCCGACAAAAACGCACCAAACAAGGAUGUGUGGCAGCAGAUCGAAGAUAUGUGCAGGACCACAAAUGCGGCUGCUGUUCCUAUUAUUCCUGAUUCAGAAGGUGCCGAUACAAAUCCAUUUUCACUUGAAGCUCUUGCUGUUUUCAUGUUUCGUGUACUCAAACGGGUCAAUCAUCCGGGGAAUCUGGGCAAGGAUUCACCGAAUGCUGGUAAUGUUUUGCUAAAGUUUUACAAGCUCUAUGAUGGCAAGAGUCGAAGAGAAUUUGAAAACGAAAUGUAUGAGCGUUUUGGCUCCUUGGUUAAGAUGCCUCUCCUGAAGCCAGAUAGAGCUCCAUUGCCUGGUAAUGUCAAAAGUAUCUUAGAUGAGGGGCUUGGCUUAUUCAGUCUGCAUGGAGGCAAGCGUGGAAGAGGGAAGCCAUCAAAUGGUUCAGAUGUUAGUGAAGAAUGGAAACAGUGGGAGGAAAGGCUGCGCGAGAUCUUGUUUGGGUAUGAAGAUUAUCUUAAAUCCAUUCAGGUUCCAUUUGAUGUUGCGGUGAAAGAAGUAGUGGAACAGUUAAAGGCUGUGGCUAAAGGUGAUAUCAAAACACCUGAUACUGCUAAGCAGAGGUUUGGCAAUAUCAUUUUUGCUGCGGUUAAAGUAUCCCAGGCAGAUAUACUGGGUCUUCUCCGUAAGGUUGCGGAGAAGGACACUGAUGUCAGCAAUUUUCUCAACGGCAUAAAAUUAGAGAAUAACUUGAACAAGGUGCAUAUCACCCUUGCUCACAAAGGGGCCCAUGGUGUAGCUGCAGUUGCAAGUUAUGGAGUCUACCAGAACCAGGAACUCCCCGUAUCGUUUAACACCUUGUUCUACAACGAUAAGAUGGCUGCUCUCGAGGCGCAGCUUGGAACCGUAAAUGGCGAAACUAUUGUCUCCAGAAAUGAUUGGCCACAUUGUACUCUCUGGACUGCCGCAGGUGUUGGACCAAAGAAAGCAAACACACUACCGCAGUUGGUUUCGGAAGGAAAAGCAAAGCGGGUGCUGGUUGACCCUCCUAUCACAAUAUCUGGAGUUCUUGACUUCUACUAAUUUUCUAGCUUGUUUUUUAUAAUUAUGUGGUGCAGAAAUAAAUAUAAGAGUCAGGAAUCAUUAGAUAGCCGAUGGCAGCGACGGCUUUGUAAAUAUUACUCUAAAUUUUAUGCCACAAAGUUUUGUAGUAUAGAGUGGGAUUGUGAUACUCAUACUUUUUAUGAUUCCGAACAUUGUCAAGCCCUAGAUAUAGUUGAAGCAUAAUUAUGAUCA